AUGUCUGCAGCAAAGGGAAAGAGGGUUUACCUCACCUGGACAGAUGAGAUGGACUGUGCAUUGUUGGCUGUCCAUGUGGAGCAUCACAACAAUGGUGAUCAUGCCCAAAAUGGAUGGAAGCCGCAUGUCUACAAUGCUGCUAUAAAGAAUGUGCGUGACAAGUGUAAUGUGGAGAACACAAAGGAUAACAUAACAUCAAGGUGCAAAACUUUUGAUAAGCACUAUGAGAUCAUUAGCAAGAUCCUUUCUCAGAGUGGAUUUGCUUGGGAUUUGGACAAUAAUAAGAUGUCAAUUGAUUGUGAUGAUGUUUGGAAUAGAUAUGUGGAGGGCAACAAGGCUGCAUCUUGUUACAAGACCAAAGUAGUGAAGAAUUGGGAUGCAAUCAGCACCAUUUACUCAACUGAUCAUGCCAAUGGUGAAAGUGCCGGGACAGGUGCCAAGGAUGCUCAAGCUUCACCUGAACAAGAUGGUGAUGCAUCCCCAAAAUUGCCACCAAAGGGGCAGUGA